UCAACCAAAUCUUGGAUCGAAGGGGUCUUCAGUAAAAGAGAAUGUGCACACAUCAUUCCCAGUUCAAAAGAUCCUCACAGGUGCCCUGCAGGAUGCCAGGUGUGUCAGAAUUUAAUCAGAUGUUGCUGUGGACGGCUGAUUGAAGAUCACCCAGGAGUAGAGUGUAGCUUGCCUGUUUAUCAGGCUGCCCCACAGAGAGAAGAUGGAGAAUGGUCUGUGCAAAAACACACAAAGACGAGUCCAACGGAUGCAUUUGGUACAAUCAAUUUUCAAGAUGGAGAUCACACUUACCAUGCUAAGUAUGUUAGACUCUCUUAUGAUAGCAAUUUGGAUCAACUAUUGCACCUGAUGGUUAAAGAAUGGCAGAUGGAGUUGCCAAAGCUAGUGAUCUCUGUUCAUGGAGGCAUUCAAAAUUUCAAGCUUCCCUCAAAGGUCAAGCAGGUUUUCAGCAAAGGAUUGGUGAAGGCUGCUGAGACUACAGGAGCAUGGAUAAUUACAGAAGGCAUCAACAGUGGAGUGUCCAGACACGUGGGGGAUGCACUGAAAGGCCGUGCCUCACCACACCUGAGAAAGAUCUGUGCUGUUGGGAUUCCUCCUUGGGGUAUCAUUGAGAACCAGAGGGAUCUAAUUGGAAAAGAUGUAGUUUGCCUGUACCAGACUCUUGGUAAUCCACUCAGCAAGUUGAGUACCCUCAACAGCAUGCAUUCUCAUUUUCUGAUGGCAGAUGAUGGCACAGUAGGCAAGUAUGGGAAUGAAAUGAUGCUUAGGAGGAAUUUGGAGAAGCACAUAUCCCUUCAAAAAAUACACACAAGAACGGGCCAAGGUGUACCUGUAGUUGGGUUGGUGGUGGAAGGAGGCCCCAAUGUGAUCCUAAUGGUGUGGGAGUACGUGAGGGCCAGCCCAGCUGUCCCCGUGGUGGUCUAUGAGGGCACUGGCAGAGCUGCAGAUAUCCUGGCUUUUUCCCACAAGCACAUGGAUGAUACGGGGGAGCUGCGUCCUCAAGUGAAGGAGGAGGUUUUAGUGAUGAUUCAAAAAACAUUUAGCUUGGGACAGAAACAGUCCAGUCAUCUAUUUCACAUUUUGAUGGAAUGCAUGGAGCACAGAGAGUCCAUAACCAUAUUUGAUGUGGAGUCAGAAGAUCAGCAGGACAUUGAUUUGGCAAUUCUGACUGCACUUUUAAAAGGUACAAAUAUGUCUGCUUCAGACCAGCUAGAUUUGGCAUUGGCCUGGAACCGGCUAGAUAUUGCCAAGAAACACAUACUGGUUUAUGGACAACACUGGAAGGUUGGUGCCUUGGAACAGGCAAUGCUGGAUGCUUUAGUGAUGGACCGUGUGGAUUUUGUGAAGCUGUUAAUAGAGCAUGGGGUGAACAUGCACCGUUUUCUUACCAUAUCUCGUUUGGAAGAACUCUACAAUACAAAACAUGGACCAUCAAACCUACUUUUGCAUCACCUAGUUCGAGAUGUGAAACAGAAUACCGUUUCCUUGGAUUACAAGAUAUCUCUGAUUGAUAUUGGGCUGGUGAUAGAGUACCUCCUUGGCGGAGCUUAUCGGAGCAGCUACACAAGGAAGCGUUUCCGAAUUCUCUACAAUGAUCACUACAGAAAACACAAGAGCCUGUCUCAUUCCCUUCAUCAAAGUAAUCAGAUGGGUAGCAGAAUAGGAUCUGCUGAAAGUACUUUGCAUUCUCAGUUCUUCAGAACAGCUCAGCCUUACAAAUACAAGGAAAGGUCCACUGCUUUCCAUAAGUGUAAGAAGAAAUCAAAAGAUGAUAUAAACUUUGCAGAGAACUAUGAGUCAUCUGGCUUUAUCUACCCCUAUAACGACCUCCUGGUUUGGGCAGUAUUAAUGAAAAGGCAGAAGAUGGCAAUGUUCUUCUGGCAGCAUGGAGAGGAAGCCAUGGUCAAAGCUGUUGUGGCUUGUAAACUCUACAGGGCGAUGGCACAUGAAGCUAAACAGAGCAACAUGGUGGAUGACACUUCAGAAGAACUCAAGAAGUAUUCAAAGGAAUUUGGGCAGCUUGCCUUAGAUGUGCUGGAGAAAGCAUUCAAACAAAAUGAGCAGAUGGCCAUGAAGUUGCUGACCUAUGAACUGAAAAACUGGAGCAACUCAACUUGCUUGAAACUAGCAGUAUCUGUGGGGCUGCGGCCUUUUGUAUCCCACACUUGUACACAGAUGCUGCUGACCGAUAUGUGGAUGGGACGUCUGAAGAUGCGGAAGAACUCCUGGUUUAAGGUCAUUAUGAGUAUUCUCCUGCCACCCACCAUCUUGAUGCUGGAGUUUAAAAGCAAGGCAGAAAUGUCUCAUGUGCCUCAGUUUCAAGACUUCCAUCAGUUCACAUGGUAUCAUGGGGAUCAGAGCCCAACUAGCAAUAAAGAUGCCUUGUCUCUGAAGGAUUAUGAUGUGGAGAAGAUUGCUCAGAAGUCUGAUGAAAGCCAAGUAGAUGGUGGACAAGGAAACCUGCCUGGCACUAGAAAAAUCUAUGAGUUCUACAAUGCACCAAUUGUCAAGUUCUGGUUUCACACGAUGGCGUACAUGGUGUUUCUCAUGCUCUUCACUUACACCGUGUUGGUGAAGAUGGAACCAAGACCAAGUGUGCAAGAGUGGCUUGUUAUCAUUUAUAUUUUCAGCACUGCUAUUGAAAAAGUCAGGGAGGUAUUUAUCUCAGAACCUGGAAAAUUCUGCCAAAAAGUGAAGGUGUGGAUUUACGAAUACUGGAAUUUUACUGAUUCUAUAGCUAUCAUCCUGUUUAUGAUUGGUUUUGGCUUGCGCUGGUCUGACCCCCCUGUUCAAACUGCAGGGAGGCUUCUUUACUGCUUGGAUAUAAUAUUUUGGUAUACUCGGCUCCUUGAUCUUUUUGCUGUGAAUCAGCAUGCUGGCCCAUACCUGACAAUGAUUGGGAAAAUGACAGCAAACAUGUUCUAUAUUGUGGUCAUGAUGGCCAUAGUCCUGUUGAGUUUUGGAGUGUCACGAAAGGCAAUUCUUUCACCAGAGGAGCCUCCUUCUUGGACUCUGGCGCGAGAUAUUGUAUUUCAGCCCUACUGGAUGAUGUUCGGUGAGGUCUAUGCUGGAGAAAUAGAUGUCUGUGAAACCAAUGAAGACUGUCCUCCUGGCUCCUUCCUCACACCAUUCCUCCAAGCUGUCUACCUCUUUGUGCAGUACAUCAUCAUGGUCAACUUGCUUAUUGCUUUCUUUAAUAAUGUCUAUUAUGAUUUGAAAUCCAUAUCAAACAAGCUCUGGAAGUACAACCGGUACCGCUACAUUAUGACCUACCAUGAGAAGCCAUGGCUGCCUCCACCUUUCAUCCUCCUAAGCCACAUUGGGUUUCUGAUAAACCGCAUCUUCCAUCAUCGGCCCCAAAAUGAACUGGAUCAAGAGGAAGGAGAUGUUGGACUAAAGCUGUACCUGAGUGAUGAGGAGUUAAAGAAACUCCAUGACUUCGAGGAACAGUGUGUGGAAAAAUAUUUUCAUGAAAAGAAUGAAAGCCUGAGUUCCAGUGACAGUGAAAGGAUCUGUCUGACAACAAAAAGAGUGGAGGAGAUGUUUCUGCAGCUUAAAGACGUGCAUGAGAAGGUAUGUUAUAUCAAGGAGUCUUUACUCUCCCUGGACAGCCAGCUAGGACAUUUGCAAGAUUUGUCUGCCUUGACAGUGGACAUCUUGAAAGUCCUAUCAGCAGUAGACACCUUGCAGGUGGAAGAAGCCUUACUGGCUGAUACAAGACAUCGAACCUGUAGGAAGCUGCCCCAUAGCUGGAGCAACGUGCUGUAUUCCAAGACCUUGAGCAGCCUGGAGUGUUUGUAUGACAAGAAAUACCACUACUACAGCAUGCCACCCUCCCUCUUACGGAGCUUGGUAAGGAGUCAGUGGCCAUCAGAGUGCAAAGACCAUGUACUGAGGACCGAGAAUAACAAGGUGGUGGCAGACAGCUCCCGAAAGAUAGAAACAGAAAGUGACACACUCACUUCAGGAGUAUCCUCUGAGACCAAGUCCACCCCUAGAUAUGGACAAUUUUUGCUGGUGCCCCCUGACCAUCAGGGAGGGUUUUUCUCUGAGGAUGUCACCUUAAAUUUGUCCUUUUUGAGCAGCCCUGCCAAGUACAGGGGCAAUGCCUUCAGAGAUGAACUGCAAAGUGUGGUGCAGCAAAACUUGCCAAGUGUCAGCCUCACUGGAAAAGAGCCAAAGGAUUACCAAUGGAGCCAGAGAGACUUUGCUAUUCAUUUGCCAUCAGAAAAGACUAAUGCCGUAGAUGCUGCUCAUCCUCUUGGUCUCCAGCCAUCGCUGGAUAUUGAAAAGAGUGCAGCACCCUCCUACAAUGACAGGGAGGAAACUGAAGGUGGUUAUGUGAACUGGGGAUUCUCUGAAGGUGAUGAAAAAGGAGUUUUCAGCUCAGAAACUAAGGUGGCCCUGUGCAUACAUUCCACCUAUAACAGUGACUGCAAUUGCAUGGGUAGUCCUCCCAAGCAUGUCCAGAUAAGAGAAUCAAACUCCUUCUCCUACAACUCAGACAGGCCACGUCAUAGCAGCAUCAGCUCUCAGAACAAGCUGAAACGCAGCACCUCCUUCAGGAUCAGCCCACUCUGGAGGGACAAGAGUUGCUGCAGGAGCAACAGCUUACAGUCCCCUAAGAAAGAGAAAACAGGGAUGACCUGCAAAACUAUAGGUGAGUCUUUACAAACCAGUGAGCUACACCACAGUGAGGUGAUUAGAGUGGAUGAUUGCCCCCAGAACACCCAAGUGAGCUCAGAGCCUGCAGAGAUCAAUGUCUGGGAUGAGCAAGAGAAGCACAACAAGAACUGGCUCACUGUGUCUAACUUCAGUCAGCUAAGUUUGGAACGUCUCGGUUACAUGCACCAGAAAACGAAAAAUCAAGACAUCAGUAGGCAUACCAUACCAUUCUGUGAUUACCUGAGGCAUUCUCGAGAGGAUUUGAGUAACAGCAUAUUUGGAAACACCAAGAAAAGUAAUCUGAACAGGAACUCCUCGUUGAGAACUUCACAGGAAACUGACAAUCUCUUCGCCUGCUUGAAAACAUCUCAAGAUCUGCAUCAUCACUACUCAGCUGUUGAAAGAAACAACUUAAUGAGACUUGCUCAGACCAUACCAUUUACACCAGUCCAGCUCUUUGCUGGAGAGGAAGUGACGGUCUAUCGGCUAGAAGAAAGUUCACCUAUGAACCUUGAUAAAAGCAUGUCCUCCUGGUCCCAGCGUGGUAUGGCUGCAGUGAUCCAAGUCUUGUCGCGGGAGGAGAUGGAUGGGGGUCUGCGGAGGGCCAUGAAGGUCAUUUGUACUUGGUCUGAGAAUGAUGUGUUAAAAUUGGGACAAGUAUUUAUUGUGAAGUCUUUUCUGCCGGAGGUGGUUCAGACUUGGCAAAAGAUCUUUCAUGACGGCACAGUGUUACAUCUCUGCCUGAGGGAGAUCCAACAGCAAAGGGCUGCCCAGAAGUUAAUCUAUACCUUCAAUCAAGUGAAGCCUCAUACUAUUCCCUAUACUCCAAGGUUCCUGGAAGUUUUCCUCAUCUAUUGCCAUUCAGCAAACCAGUGGCUGACCAUUGAGAAGUACAUGACUGGUGAGUUUCGGAAAUACAACAACAACAACGGAGAUGAGAUUACUCCCAGCAGCUUGCUGGAAGAGCUGAUGCUGGCCUUCUCUCACUGGACUUACGUGUACACCCGUGGGGAGCUCCUUGUCCUGGAUUUACAAGGUGUUGGGGAAAACCUUACAGAUCCGUCUGUGAUUAAACCUGAAGACAAAAAAUCUGGAAAGAUGGUAUUUGGACCAGCAAACCUAGGAGAAGGUGCAAUAAGAAACUUCAUCACAAAGCAUCAUUGUAACUCUUGCUGCAGGAGGCUGAAACUUCCUGAUUUGAGAAGAAGUGACUACACAUUGGCAAGGGUUGGUCCAGCCCUUGGAACAGAAAUGGAGACAAGCACCAGAGGAGCUGAUGAUGCAGAUGAGCCUUUGGAGUAUGACACACGGCUGUGA